UGACUCAGUCUUCCGCCGCGGUCCUGUCGAGUAAUGUGCGCCGCUGAAGAACCAUCCCUGCACAUCGCGCCUUGAGUUCCAUUUUACCUUUUUUCGCCCCCUACACCCGACACUCAUACAUACAAACACCGCACACACACUCACACACGCGCCCAAUAUCAACAAAACAAUUCGAAGUUGUCGACGACCAGGAUUUUUUACAAGAUUAUGAAUACAAGUCAUUCUGCAUACGAAAUUCAUAGUAUAUAAUUUGAAACGACGGCCAACGAAUAAGCAAAAUAUCUCAAACUGUUAAUAAUUCUAUACAAGCAGCAAUAGCUGCAAUCGCAACAUAAAGAACCAGGAGGAUCAGCCACAAAUACAAUAAAAUAUUUCGUUAAUCAAAGCACGCUCUUUUAGUAUGAAAUGAGGCUACCAGACAAACGCGUCGCCAUCGAAGAUCGCCCAAAACGAGUACGGACCAGGCCACGAAUAGAAGCAAAAGCAUCGGAGUCGAGAACGGAUUCUGGCGCGGGAUCGGAGGCAUGAACAGGGACAAUCUGCAGCAGUGGUGGGAGAACUCCUACCGACGCCAUCUCCCGGAGCCCAGUUAUAGUAAUAAUUAUGGUCUUGAAUCCGCCGAGCUGCAGUUCGCACACCAGGAUCCCAACCAACUGCCCAUGGACUACGAAUACGGCAACUUGAGCCUGGGCAAUCCGUACGACUUGGACCAGGAGCAGUUCGGCAGCAUCUCCUCGCUGACGCUGCUCCUGCUGGCGGUCAGCUACGGGCUUGUGGUUUUCGGCGGCGUUGUGGGCAACUCCACGCUGGUGCUGACCCUCUGCUCGGCCUCUUCGGUGCGCCUCAGAAACCCACUACUAUUGGCCGUCUGCAUUGCGGACCUGCUCGUCACCGGCAUUUCUGCGCCGGUCACACUCCUUAAUCUCGCGAUGAACCGCCGGACGCGAUCAAUGCCGCUGGUGCUGUGCAAGGUCAUCCACUACAUACAGGUCAUGCCCGUAGCGGCCAGCACCAUUUCGUUCUUUAUGCUCUCCCUGGACCGCUACGCCACCGUGAAACAUCCUAGAUUGGCUCAGUUGCGCCAGCGCCGUUACUUGCAUGUCUCAUUGGCUGUGCUUUCCUGGCUAGCCUCAGCGGCCAUUAGCACGCCAUUCCUGUUCGCCUAUAAGAUCAUCGCCAAAUCUAUGGUGGUCAAGGGUAGCAUGGCGACGAAAACCACGCCGAGCCCAGUUAGCAUAAGCUGCACUUCCGAUCUGGGCGCUAGCGCCAUGUUCAUGUCCUUCAUUACCUUUCACACGAUCGCCGUGUUCGUGCUGCCGGGCGUUGGUGUGCUUCUCAACCACUACGGCGUCCGUCGCAAGCUCUGCGCACUUUCCCUGACGGCUCGGGCUGCCCACGGAGAGCUGCCCCUUCCCAUCCCCAUCCUGAGGCGCCAGACCCACAUGGUAAUCGUUACUGGCUGCCCCAACGCACAGCAAGCUGCCUGCGGAGGGGGCACCACGGCAGACGACACCUCCAACGGAAAUGGAGCGGGCAUCGGGGGCGGUCCAAUGCCCAUUAGUCCAGGAGACAUCCAGCUUCACAACCUACAUCCGCAACAGCCGGGCUCUACCGGAUCGGCCCUCGAACCAGGUUCUUACCGCUCAAGCAAUCCAAUAUCGCCAAGAGCAAUGAGAGAAAUUCGAGCCCACUCGCAGAGACAGCGCAUUAACCGGGCGGGAAGAGGACCUGCGACCCCCGGGAUACCAUUACCCCAGACAUCCACACUUCGUUCACGGCGGCACCUUGCCAACAUGCUGAUCGCCUCAGCUGUGAUUUUCAUAGCCUGCUGGACACCGCACGUCUUCUGCAUCCUUUACAAAAACUUCGGUAGCAAGCAGCAGUGCAGCCAGACCUCCGUUUACUUCAGCCUUCUACUGGGCUACUUCUACUCGUCCAUCAGCCCAGUGAUUUACUGGGCUCUUAACCACAACUCGCUUCGACAAUCUCCCUGCGCGCCCAUCAUCCGCCUGCGCUCUAUGCAGAACUUCCUAAGGUCGCGCUUCCGGACGCACACCGCCCCGCCGCCUCCGUCGUCCACCAACGAGGCGGCCUUAGGAGCGUUUAACCCCAAGCUGAUUAAACUGACACCGAAACAGUAUAGAGCUCAGGCCUCUUCGCAUUAUCUCUACUAGUGUGAUACUAAACUAAACUUGAUAUACAUUUAUACACAUUUAUAUACACGCAUACACCAUAUAUUUUUUACUUACGCCAUCCCGGACUCUCUGAUACUAGAAUGCGAACCGAACCCAACCAAACGGAACUAUCUAUAUGAUUUUCAAAAUGCUGUACGAAACUAGUUGACUAGAUAAAAUACUUACAUGGUACUUAUAUAGAACACAUAGAACCGUACAUAGCAGUGUUAUUUGACGCUUAUUUACACGAUGUUGUGCGCCAAAAGCUAUGCAAUAAAGGCGACAGAGUCUUUUCGGAACUCAUGCCUAUAACGAGAAUUACUGGUAACGUAACAAAAACAAGAAAAAACUUACAAAAAUAAACCAAACCCUUCUAGUGACUUGUUCGAAAUGUUGUUUAGUCUUUUAAGCUGAAAUAUUGUACUAUGUUCCUUCUCAUAGAUAAGCAAUAAGUGAACGCUUUAAGCCAAGUUAAACAAACAAAAACGAAUCAAACUAAAAAACGAUCUAAAACUUUUAAACAAUUUAAACCUAAAGUCGAAUGCAUGCCUAACAAAACAUAAAUAAUUAUACAUAUAUACAUACAUACGAGUACAUACAUAUAACAAGUAAAAAAUGAAUGUAAAUGUGAGCAAAAACAAAAAAGAUAAAAAUUAGUAUUUUACUUAAUUCUUUAUACACUUUUUCUAACCAUUUUUAAUAUUGUUCAGUAAGCUGAACAAUUCAAGCUGUAGAGAAAUAGACCCCGCGGAGAUAUUCGCGUUUCUGAUGUAAGUGCCACGCAAAAGAUCAGACUCAGGAUCGGGUUUCAUUUCACUAUUUUCACUGGCCAACUUUUUAAAUUUACGAGAUUUUUAUAUACAUAUGUACAUAUGUACAUGGGGGCGACUAACUGUUUACAGCCUUUAAGUUUUUAGUUUGAACCUUUUAAACUUCUUUUAACCAUCUUAAACAAACAGCAGUUGUUAUCGCCUUGGAAAUAGUGGCUAUAAACCUUAAACUAACUUUAAAUAAUCAUCGUUUUGUACUUUACAAAAUCGUCAACGAAAACAAGGAACUAUAAAAAAUACUAUAAAUAUGCUACCUAGUAAAA